UAAGGGUUCAGAGGGGCAGGAAGGAGAUUCAUGUAUGGCUCCAUCCCCUCUGGAUGUGACCAUCAUUAGUUCUACUUCGAGGCUUCUGGCAUUGUUGGAUCUCUCCGAAGAACAAAAGGAGAUUUUUUUUUUCUUAGCGGAUCUAUGGAUUAUUGGUAUAUUUUAAUUUGUUGGUUUUCCUGAGAAAGCUGAUGAUGAGUAACAAUUUCAGAAUAUGGAGGAUAUGGACAUGGUAGCGGAUGUUCCUGACACUCCCGAUAGAUUGGCAAUCCGUAAGAAUGGGAGGGGAGGUGGUGAAAAGGAAAUUACUUCAUCGGUAGCUGGUAAUUCAAAAGAUUCUGAGUUGCUGAGUAGAGGGGUCCCCAGUGGACUAAGGGGCCAUGGCAAGCUGUUCACAGGAAAUGGAAACAACAAAAGAUUUUGUACUCGGCCUUCGGAAAAACUAAAUAUUCAUAAUGGAAUUAAGCGAGGCAGUUCACCAAACUCAUUUGAUAACACUUAUGUUUUCAAAGCUCAUCUCUGCAGGAGUUUGGUACACCAUAACCCCAGGCUGGAGUCUGAACCAUCUGCACUGCCUAAACAUUCAGAACUUGUGCCUUCUAGUUCUUGCGGUCAUAGAGGUGAUAGAGCCAAACUUGGUGCUGACUGUUCUGGCAUUGCUGAAGUAUUGGCUCCUGAUUGUCGAAUUCAAGAUGGAAAUAAUAGAAAAGUAAUUGAUUUGUCAAGCCCGAAAAUUAAUGGUGGAGAUACAAGAAGGAAGAUGGUUGCAGGUAAUAUUAACUUAGAUAGAGGAAAAGGCUUGUGCACUGAAAUUCCUUCUAGACAUUCUGCUUGCUUAAACAAGAAUGGUGUUCUGAAUUUGACUGGACAACAUGAGCAUACAGGAAUACCUGAAAGGGCAUGUGGCAAAUUAGGAGAUUUUAUGGCUGAAGAGGUGAGAGGAGGCUCAAUAGCAGCCAAUGGUUUUUCCUCUUUACAUCCUGUUACAAAUUCUUCAAGAGCACCCAGCAAUGGCUGCAAAGGGAAAUCAAAAAUAGAUGAUACCUGUAUUUUUACAGCCGUGGCUUCGGAUCACACGAGAAGUUUUGAUCUGAAUCAUGAUUCUCAACCAAAUACCAGAGAGAUGACGUUAGAAUCUCUGCAACCUAUAAUGUCACCAAGGAGAACAGGGCAAAAAAGGCUUGUACGCAAUGGGUGUAUCUCUCCAUUUAAUAUCGCAAGGGCUAAACAAACUUCUGAGAACCAUUGUAAGAGUUCUGUGGAUGUUGAACAGACUGAUGUUGGUAGAGUGAUCACCAAUGUGGAGGCUCCAUCAUGUCAAAAAAACAUUCUUAGCCCUGAUUCUGAAAGCAACCAGGCUGAUGUAGUGAAAGGAAAAAGGGUAAUGAGAGAUGCAAAUCCAACAGAUGAGCAUGAUGUGGAAGGCAUGCACUUGCCGAGUAGAGGUUCUCUAAUUCAUAUGGAAGAGGAUAUCGGAAUCAGAGCUGGCAGCGGUAAUGCUUUCAGAUGCUUUGAAGGUAUUGGUGGUUGGAGAAGCACCCGUAGUCGUUCCAAAAUGCCAUCUGCACUGGCAUAUGAUGAGGUUGUGUGCCCUUCCAGAAGUGAUCAGAGACAUGUCAACAGAACAGAAAAUAGGGAUCAUAUGGGUGCAGUAAAUAAUAGCUCCACAAGCGACUUUGUUGAAAUUACUGAUCGGUACUCUCUUCAGCAAAAUCCUAAUUCGCUUUCUAGUGUUCUGUCUGAGUCGGACAGAGUUAAUGGACAACAACGUGGAGCAAACAAGCUAAUGAGAAGGCAGAAGAAACAGGGCUCAACUCGCAGUAAUGUUGGUCAAUGCUCUACUUCUACUCCUGAUGAUUCAGGCAUUGCUCAUCUCUUGUCAUCUGGGGAUCCUCUUAAUGCUCGAUCAACUAGAAGAAGAAAUCCUGAUUGCCGUGGCAACUCAGGUUCAGUUAUAGUGAUUGAUGAGUUUUCACCUGAGACAAGAGGUGGUAACUCUGUAGAUAUCAGUCAAUUGGUUGAUAAUGAUUCUGAUACUAGGGCUAGGCAACUGGAAGCUGAUGAGAUAUUGGCUCGUCAACUGCAAGAACAAUUCUAUUCUGAGUUGCCGGGAGCUGUUGGAGAGUUGGAUGCAAAUAUUGCCCGGACACUGCAGCAGGAGGAGGAUGCUCGGAAUGCAUCUCAUCGUGGGAAUCUACAUGCACCACAUCCUAGAAACCCAUCGAUGUCCCAUCUGUAUAGACAAUAUCCGUCUCGAUCUUUCCGGAACCUUUCAGUUCGGACAGCAAAUCGUGCUCAACCUCCUAGGUCUGCUAGAAUUGGGCGAUCGAGGACUAGCUCUCGUACGCUGUCAUCUGGGGGGAGGAAUCUUCAGUUUCCUCCAGAUUUGGAUUUUGAAACGAGAAUUGAUAUAUUGGAGGCAUUAGAAGCAGCAGUUGGAAACAGUAACGACAUGAGACGGGCUGGUCAUGUAUUUCAACGUGAUUUCAACGAAAAUGACUACGAGGUACUUUUGGCCCUUGAUGAGAACAAUCACCAGCAUGGUGGUGCAUCUGCACAUCAAAUUAAUAGUUUGCCACAGUCAACUGUCCAGACUGUGAACUUUGAUGAAGCUUGUGCAAUCUGCCUCGAAACCCCGAGCACUGGAGAUAUAAUUCGUCACCUUCCUUGCUUGCACAAAUUUCAUAAAGAUUGUAUCGAUCCGUGGCUAAGGAGAAGAACAUCAUGUCCAGUUUGCAAGUCCAGCAUCACUUGAUUUGCAUUAAAAAUUGAGUUGUUCAAGCCAUUACAUAUGUAGCACAGUUUAGACGUAAAGUUGCACGCGAAUGUGCUCAUGGCUAAACAGGUGAUCAGGAAUUCCACUCCCUAAGUUGCGAAUUGAUUGACCACAGCUGAUGGUUUGCUGUUUGUUUUAUUUUUCAAUUAUAAUUAGGUAUUGGCUUAUGGUAGUGGAAAUUGUUCUCUGAAACGGCUCUUCAAAGUCAACAUUUUAUAUUUUUUAUUGUCCAAGUAUCACGGAUCUGAAAUCCAGAAUCCUUUAUUUAUAUAUUAGAAGAUUAGCUGCUUGAAAUUGAAUACCAAAAAGAAGAAAUUAGUGACAUAAAA